AUGGCAACCAAACGCAAAACCAAAGACACUCACGGAGGACCUGCCAAAAGGAAGAAGCCAGCGAAUGGGCUAGAGGUUCCAGCAGACGCAGUAAGCCGUGCAACGAGAAGCAAGUCUAAGUCGAAGGAUCCAGCCGAAUCCGACAGUUCUCCUACACCCGCGCCCAUGACCAUAGCUGGCAAGCCAGAACAGCAGAAAACCAACAAGCCCUGGUCAGCAGAAGAAAAGGCAUACCUCGAGAUUAUGUAUCAGAAGCUUCACGAUGCGGCGGCUUCCAAAAGCCAGGCAUCUCUUCCACAUGCGAGAAAAGUAUUCAAUUCUCUCAACAGCUUCUUCAAUGAGGGUCGACAGAGCGUCACAGAUACGAAAGGUACUAAUUUGUUUGUGGCAGAAGAUCGAGAAUGGGGCUCGUUCGACGCGUACAUCCGCCGCCCCACAAACAAACUAAUCAAUGGGCUUUGCGAUGAUAUCAAGGCACAUCUGAAGCAUGGGCCAGUCAUCGCGAAGUCUGGUGCGACAAAAGCAGUGGAGCAAGUCACCAAGGAUACGCCUGCUCCCCUCAAGAAAGCCGGCAAGAAAAUUCCGAAGGCCACAAUUGGUCACACUGAGGAGAAGAAGUCGAAACUUUCAGCAGGCACGAAUGCCUUUAUCUCUGAGCCAACAGAUGUUCUCGAUAGCGCCGAAGGACCAGCAGCAUAUGAAGCAUCAGUUCCCCUCACACUCGACCAAGAGGACAUCUUAUCACCUACCGACGUAUUCAAGGGGGAGGUCCCAGUCAAAGUGACUCCUGUCGAAGAGGUCAAUCGUCUGGUCAUAGCCGGUUACAAAUUCACCGAUAUUCCAGAAGACGACGAAGAAGCAAUGGAGAGGUACUUGAAAGAAGACGAUGAUCAGCAGCUCGACGGCUCGUGGAUCAAAACCGCAGGGGAUGAUCUUGACAAGAGGAUCGAAAGACGUGGUUUGCCUGAUAUGAACCGCAUGUCCUGGCCUAGGGACUUGAAGAAGAAGAUCGACUUCAAGGCCGAAGAAUGGCACAACAAGUCAGGACGCGUCGAUGGAGCUGCGGCAGUGAAUGGUUUGCGUGGCAUAGCGGUAGUACCACCUCUUGGCUAUACCGGCUCAAUUGAAGAGCUUGUGAAAGAGCGCCGAUUACUUUCCCGAGACCUACUAUUGGAAGACGCGAGCAAGGAAGCGAUCGAUAAGGUCUACUCUCUCCACAAAUCUGCCGAAGGGGAGAAGAAGCCUCAGCAUAACAUCGAAGACGAUGACUCGGACAUAACAGGCGACGAGUCCUCUUGA